AUGCCGUCUGUCUCCGAGGCCAAGCGGGAGUACGAGGAGCGUUUCAAUGGCUGCCUCACCAAGUACGGCCGCGUGCUUUUCUGCCUGAUGGAUAACGUCCGCUCGCAGCAGGUGCAUGACGUUCGUCGCGACCUCCGUGGUUUGGGUGAACUUGUGAUGGGCAAGAAGACGCUCCAGAAGAAGAUUGUGGAGAGGCGCGCGGAGGACAAGAAGGCCAGCGCGUACGACAAGUUGCUUUACAACACGUGCAUCGAAAAGAAGCUGUUGUGCGGCAACACCGCCCUCAUCUUUACGAAUGAGGAGAUCCCAGUCAUCACGGCCGUGCUGGACAAGCACCGCGUACAGGCCCCCGCCCGUGUGGGCGCCAUCGCCCCAUGCGACGUCAUUGUCCCCGCUGGUAACACCGGCAUGGAGCCCAAGGCGACAUCCUUCUUCCAGGCACUGAACAUUGCGACGAAGAUUGCAAAGGGCACAGUCGAAAUUGUGAGUGACAAGAAGGUGCUGAGCGUUGGUGAUCGUGUGGACAACUCGACGGCCACGCUGCUGCAGAAGCUGGAUAUCUCCCCGUUCUACUACCAGGUGGAGGUGCAGUCCGUGUGGGACCGUGGUAUGCUGUUUCUUCGCGAGGACCUUUCCAUCACCGACGACGUUGUGGAGAAAUACCUUCUGGAAGGUAUCAGCAACGUUGCUGCGCUUUCGCUGGGUGCUGGCAUCCCGACGGCGGCGACCUUGCCACAUAUGAUCAUGGACGCGUUCAAGACCCUUCUUGGCGCCUCCGUUGCCACCGAAUACGAGUUCGAUGAGUUUGAUGGCAAGAACCUGCGCAAGGCCGCUCUGGAGGGCAACCUCGGUGGAGGUGUGGCUGACGCUGCUGCCGCUGCCGACACCGGCGCUGCUGCCGCUCCUGCCGCUGCCGCUGAACCCGAAGAGGAGGAUGAUGAUGACGACUUUGGCAUGGGGGCGCUGUUCUAA